ACGGAACUCUUUUGUAGUCACGUAUCUGUCGAGUCGUUCCAGGCUGCGAGCUGUGUGAGGGCUGCCUGCUGGGAGGCUCCAGCGUCCUUGUCCGGCGAAGGAGCGGAUUCACACGUGUCCCCCCCCCCUCCUAGACCGAGGAACGUUGAGGAAGGAGGAAAAGAUGCUGCUUGGAUGUUGACGAGGAAAGGCAUCAUCAGCCCAAGGUCUUGUCAGCGCAUCUGCUUUGCAUUGGAAGGAAGGGGAGCCUCUGGUAACUAUCCUGUAUGAUUUGGAUCGCCUUGAACAAGGACGUGGAGAAACUUGACCAGCUUGCACGUCAGAAUCGUCUGAGCCGAGCCAGAAAAAGACCUCACCACUUGCAUGUAACUAUUUACAGCCCUCCCCCUGGAUUUUGCUCAAAGGAAUGGACUUUUAGGCUCAGCAUCUCAGCAGAAAAACUGGUUCUGUUGUAGAUUCCCCCACCCCCGUUUCUUCACUUAUUUUUUUUUCCUGCCUCUGAAAACUGCCCUUCCUUGAUUUCCUGUCUCCUCCCCCUGACCCCGCUCCAGUGCAGUUGAAAAAUGUCCUUGCAGUACAUUAAAAGUCAGAAAGGUAGAGACCAACUGCUCUAUAAGGGAUACUUGCAUAAGAAAGAGCGGACAAGCGGAGACAAGAUUUUAUGGAAAUGUGCCGACUACCACAAGUACCGUUGCACAGGGAGGGCCCAUACGCACCAUGGCCGCGUUAUAAAGUAUGUGCCCCAUAUGCAUCCUCCCAGCAAGAGAGAAGAGGAAAACAAUGCUGGAGUGUCUGAGGCAAAGGAAGCUCUCUCCACCCAAGAAACCGUUCGAAAAGCAGUUAUGGCAAAUGGGGAGGCAUUGCCAGGGGCGGUAACGAAUAAGAAGCCCCGUAUCCAAAACAAUCCGAAACAAACAAUCCAACGCUUGAGAGCAUGCUUAAAUGCAACCCGUCAAAGCGCAUCCGAUGCACGGACACCUGCCACCAUUGCUGGAGCAACAGUUGAAGGUCCUCCUUUACCAUCCUCUCAGACAUCCGGCCUGCAGGAGCCUUCUGCAAAUGGUGGAGGUGGAGAUUCGGUGGCCACCCCCAUUCUUUGUAUCAAGAUAGAGGCGCCAGAUGCACCCCAUUGGGCAUUAAACCACGCCAGCCAGGAAGCGAGUCGGCAGAGGUUCCGCUCACCAACCAUCUGGCCUGAAGCCGCUCCUCUGGAGAUCCUGUCCCAGUUGAGCGAGGCGGCACAGCAGUGGUUGCAUCCUCAGGAACGUAACAAAGAGCAGAUUGUGGACUUGGUGAUCCUAGAACAGUUCCUGGAUGUGCUCCCAGUGGAAAUGCGGAUGUGGGUAAAAGCCAGAGAGCCAGGCAGCAGCAAGGAGGCAGCGGAGCUGGCCGAGGCCUACAUCAGGGAACAGAAUCUACCAGGCCGCAGUGUUCAGGAACAGCUGACCUUUGAAGAUGUAUCAGUGCAUUUCACUACAGAGGAGUGGGCUCUGCUGGACUACAGACAAAAAACUCUUUACUGGAAUGUCAUGCAUCAGAAUUAUAAUAAUGUGGCCUUUCUGGGUGGUGGGAUAGAUGGUCUCCAUAAAGCUCCAGCCCCUCAACAGGAAAGUCCCGCACAUGUGGUGGAAUUGUCAGAAAUAUGUAAAGAAACAUUUUCCCAAGGUUCUGAACUAAGCUUGGUCAGGGAGAACUGUCUGGAUAGGCAGCAGAAAAACAGCUCAGGAGAAGAGGAAGAAAAGUCCAUUAAUGUGAGAACGGACUUGAGGAAACUUGACAGAGACACAGUUGAUCUAGAAGCUGAACUAGGGGUACAUCCAUGGUGUAUUUGUUCAGACUGUGAGAAACUAUGCCAGUCCUUAACACGUCUUGAUAAUCAGGAAAGCCCCAGGAAAGAAGACCUGAAAUCUAUGAUGCUUCCUGAGGAUUCAUAUGAAAUAUCUGAGAAGAAUCAUUCCCAGAAUCCUAAAGGAAAAAAUGAAGAGGGCCAAAAUAAUGUGGAGAAGCAACAGCCAAACCAUGUGGGAAAUGAAGAAGAGAAGUGCAUUCUGUUGAGGAAUCCAGAUCUUCAAGACACUAAACUAGCUCAGUAUGUGUGUACUGAUGAUGCAGAACAGGUUGAAUCAUCAGCACUUGUCAGUAAUCAUAAUCCCAGUGGGGAAGGUGCCAGGUUGGUAAUACUACCUGAAGAAUCACAGCAAGUUUGGAAGGAGGGAGCUUCCCAGAGCCACAGGCAAGAUAUGCUGCUUGGCCCUGGGCCUAUUUGCCCAACAUUGAGUUCCCCAGAGCUGAAUGGAGUUGCAGAACAUAUCAGUGGGAACCAGAACAUUUUGGUAAGCCACGAGGGUAACAGAUCAGGUGAUAAAGCAGAGCAGAAGAAACUCAUUCUUUUUGAAGACAGUAUGGAAGAACCAGCCAGAGAGAUGCUUCACCCCAGUGUUAAUCCAACCCCGAAAGCCCAGUGUACAUGCGCUAAUUGUGGGAGUCAAGAUGAAUCCCCAGAGCACAAUGACUGUCAGAAAAUCAUCCAUGGGGAAGACCUGUAUACAUGCCCUAAGUGUGCAACACUUUUCCCCCAAAAUUCAGAUCAAGUCACACAGCAUAGCUGCUCUGAUUCUGAAGGAAAUUCCAGCAGCCUGUCAACAUCUAUAAAACACAGAAAAUCUGUCAAAAGGGGGAAAUAUUUUAAGGGGAGAAACAUACACAUUAAAUGCAUUCUUGGGGCACAUCAGAGAAUUCACCCAAGAAGGAAACUUUGGAAAGACUGGAGCUUCUACAGACAAAGUGGGUGCAGGCCCCUUGGAUCAGGAAAGGAUCUGAGGAAACAGAACAUGUUAAAAUCCAGUACUCGGAAUUGUGAGCCACUGCAUCAGACUACAGAGACAGUCAAACUAUCAUGUGAGCCUUCUUCAAACCCUAAAUACCUGGAACCUCAGCAAAUAUCUUCUUCACCUCCCUUUUUAGACAGCAUAGCUGCUGAGCCAACUUUAAUGCACUUAAUUACUCUCCUGCAGCAAGUGGCUACAGAUACUGCGGAAAUCAAAACUGCCGUCUCCAGCCUGCACACCACAGUCACUGGCAUCCAGAAUGCCCUAGGAAGUUUCCCUGGAUCUACAGAUGAGACUGAGCACAGGAUUUCCAACUUAGAGGACACCUCCCGGAACACCAAAGCUCAGCUUGUGCAGCACUGCAAUGAUAUUAAAGCGAUUGAGGCCAAACUGGUUGGGAAAGGGGUUCAGAACAAUGUCAUAGCAGGAUUGUGGUCAUCCUUGAAGGUCAACAGAGGGCCAAGCCCUCUGAAUUUAUCUCCUAAUUCAUGA